AUGACAAGUGUUACUGGCGAGUCUCUUAGAAGGAAGCCAUGGGAAGAGGGAGUAUCUGGUGAUAAUGUGAUACAACAUUUACCAGAAAAUCGUAAGGACAAUGGAUACACAGAGUAUGAUAAUACAGAUGUAGGACCAAUCAUUGCAAAUAAUAGCACAGGACCCUUAAAUCCUGGUUUUGUGAUCGGUAGCAUGAACUCAAUGAAUCCACCAUAUAACAAUAAUGUCGGCUUAAGCAAUUAUAAUAGCCCAUUUUCAAAUAAUAAUGGAUAUUUUACUAAUGAUGGCUACGGGAUGGAUUACAGAUCCCUUAAUGGUUCAAGGUAUGGAGGAAUGUAUAGCCACUCAUAUAGUUAUCCAUAUAAUAAUACCUCACAACAAAAUAAUAUAACCGAAUCUACCCAAGCCACCUUUCGAUUAUUGGAAAAUAUUGUGGGAACGUUCACUAGUUUUGCUCAAAUGUUAGAAUCUACAUAUAUGGCUACGCAUAAUUCAUUUUUUUCACUGAUAUCUGUGGCAGAACAAUUUGGAAUGCUUAAAGAAACAUUUGCUUCUGCAUUUGAUAUAUUUAAAAUAAGAAAGUUGCUCCGAAAAAUACGAUCAGUCUUGCUCAAUGGCAAACUCGAGCAUGGUACUAUAACGGCAACUUGUAUUACAUCAGAUGAGGACAAUAAUUUUGAGCUUCCAUCAAAACAGUACGAACUAGAUGAUAUUUCUAAUGAAAAUAAUGAUGAAAAGAUUAAAUACCAGGAGUAUAAAAAAGAUAUUUUAACUAGUAGCAUCCCUUUAAGACCAUUUAUGUAUACUAUAGUAGCAUUGAUAGCGAUUCCAAUCCUUAUUAAACGACAUAUCAAUCUGAAGCAGCUCAAUUAUAUAAAGUCACUAAAAGACUCUGAUUUCAAAAAAAUUAAUGGCUUCGCAAUACUUAAAUAUGAUUACAUUCCUGAGGAUCUUAGGUUAGGGUAUACCCUAAAGAAAAACGAUAUAGUUUCAAUUGUUGAAGGAUACUUAUCAGAUAAUGGAAUUUCUAACUGGUUGAAAAUUAAAAACAAAGAAGGUAAAGUUGGCCUAAUUCCAAACAAAUAUGUGGACCUUUUGAAAAGUUCGAACAUGGUAUGA